GGGACCAACGGAGCGGCGCGCGAGUCGCGGCUAGCGGUUAGUAGCGCCCCGACUUAGCGAGCCGACGAACGUCCCGCAGUCGCUUGCCCAUUUCACUCAGUACCAUACGAUAAUUCAUUAGUUUUCCCAACGAGAAAACCAAGUGAAAUAAAAGUUUGCAGUGGACCAGUUUUUGUGGGAUUUGUAGUGUAGCCACUGUGCCUGUGUUGGACUACGGACGUUCAGCGCGAUCGGCAAGGCCGAGGCGGCGCGUGAUGAGCCCGCGCAGGAUGCCGGCGACGCCAUGAACCGCGAGAACGUUUCGACCAAGAUCGCGGCCGGCAUGGACCGCUGGCAGAACACGCUCGAGGACAUGAUCAACCUGCGCUCCUCGCACAACCACGUGUUCAAAGACAACUACUGGGCCCAGAAUGGAUUUGACGAGCUCCGCCGCUACGUGAAGCAAGGGAGCGACUUCAGCAAAGAACUCGCUGCAAUAUUACAGGAAAGGGUUGAAGCUGAGAACUACUACUCGAAAUGCCUGGCGAAGCUGGGCACGAAGCUCAGCAAGGCUUGCAAGGAGAGCGUGGGCUCCUGCGCCGAGGCCUGGAAGCACGUCGCGCUGGAGAUGGAGAAACGGGCUGAGAUACACAGAAACUAUUCCACAGCUCUAUCGGAAGAGUUGGUGAAACCAAUGAAGCAUGUCAUUGAUAACCAAUUGAAACUUAGAAAAAAGAUUGAAGGUAACGUGGACAAAACAACGCGCACUCUCACGGAAUGGAGGACAGCGGAAGCAAAAUCGAAGAAACAAUCCCACACAGCGGCGCGAGAGAAUGAGAAGCUGCAAGACGCUACGCUGGAGACGAGCCGAAUAUCCCGCAGUUCGAGUGUAGGUCACAUUCCACAUUCCAUCCUGAGCACGGCCAGGGCUGAGAGACACGCACACGUCACGAGUGAGAAGGACGCCGCUAAGCUGCAGGUGAAGAAGAGGAAGACGGAAGAUGCUGUUAAAAAGACUGAAGUCGAAUACUACAAUGUUUGUGUUCACGCUGAACGCUCUAGGCUAGAAUGGGAGUCGGGAGUGGUGAAAGGUGCUGGAAUGCUGGAGUCUCUUGAAGAAGAGAGGCUGGCUCAAUUGAAAGCCUCUGCUGACUGUUACUUGAGGCUGACGGCUGCUGUACCUCCUCAGUUAGCUGAAUCAACAAAUACGUUAGUGGGUCCAAUAAACAACGCGAACGCGAACGUGGACAUGCGAGUGGUGCGAGGAGUGCGCUCGGUCCCAGCAGGCGCCAGCGAGCAAUUGCUGCCAGACUUCUACUGCGAGCACACCACUCUUGCGAUGAACAGGGAACGACGGAAGCAGGCGCUGAUGAAAAUCCUCCAAUUAGUCAAACAGGAUAUAGAUAGAGAGCGCAAGUCCAAGCAAGGAUUGGAGAAGUUGUCUAUGGCCAUGAAGCAGACGCCUACCUUCGGUAGCGACGACUCGCAGCAAAACGUAGCGGACAAACUAUACCACGUAAGAUCUAUGCUGACGUAUUUAGAAGCUAUCAGAUACAAGAUCACCACCAGCCUGAACGAAUUAGACAGCAGGCCACCGAUACAGCACCCGCUCGCCACUCACAUACAAAUCGUGAGGGACAAGCAAGGUCUACAACAAAGUAUACUGAAGGUACCCCCAUGGCUGCAAGCGGACUACCAGAACGAGGUGAACAAAAACCUGCAGCCAAACUACACGGCGUUGACCAAAAGCGUGAACGGAGGUGAAGAAAGAGAGCGCCGAGACUCCAUCAUGAGUCGAGCGUCCAGUAAACUCCGCAUAGAACACUUAUCGUUCAGAAGGAACACUGAGAACAAGAGCGCCCCAGUAACGCCUGUAUGUGUGGAGAUUCCAACCCCACCUAUAAAGCCCUCCACUCCUGACGCCCCACUUCCACCAGAAAGCCCGUUAGAUUGGAGCGAAAGGGGCGCGGGAGAUGGGCUGUCAAAUCAACACGACAGUGAUUUUGAUGAGUUCUCGUCCCAAAGCGACAGUUCCACGGACUUGACUGACAUGAUAAAGAACGACGCAGAAGACGCUCCUGCGCCGGCGCCGACCGUCGGCAAAUGCCGCGCGCUCUACACCUACGAGGCCAGGCUUAACGAUGAAUUAACUCUCACACCAGGGGACAUCAUCAACAUCCACGAGAAGCAGGACGACGGCUGGUGGACCGGAGACCUGAACGGCUGCUACGGCAUCUUCCCUUCGUCCUAUGUAGAAGAAAUUACUACCUGCAUAUGAGAAUGUAUGAUAGAAAUUGUAUAAUCUUAGGCCUUUAUUCAUAAAAACUGGAACAGACUUGAAACAGUUUCACUAAAACGCUGUUUUGUUUCUUCAUUCUUAUGCUCGGGUCACACUAACAUCGCCAAUGAUGGCCACCCACUUUAGCGCGUUAAAAAUUAUCGCAAUAAUGGACAUUGACGUUAGCCGUUAGUGUGGCCCGAGCAUUAUGGAAUCAAUCAAUUUGACAGUGACUUUUUGAAGCUAUAGAGAUUCUAACUAAAUCGUGGUCCUCAAAACCAAGUUGUGGCCAAAAUAAAAGAAGAAGAAGAGAUUCUACUUAAAUAAAACUUUUUUUUUGUGAAUAAGGGAGUGAAAGGUUAAUCUAAAACUCCCUCUCUAGUGUGAGCAUAUAAGAUAUGCGGCAGACGACAAAAAAGAAACCAAGACAAACGUGACAAGUGGUGGUAGGGCAAGCUAUAUUUGGGUCGUAUAAGUGCCCUGGAAAGGGCCUAUGUACUGAAUAAAAUAUUUGAAUAUGCCCUGGGCAAACGGCGCAUACGUGGGGUCAAAUGUUAAAAGUAUCACCUCAGAGUAAAAUAUUCAAUCAGAGCUAGCUUGAUUGAUGCGAAUUCUUUGAAUCCCAUUUCUGCAUUGCGCACCAAUGUUCUCUUACAUACAGGAAGUAGAGGAACAUAUUGGAGACUAGCACUCAAAAACAACGUAUGGAAAAAGAUAUUCUACGCGGGUUACCUAAAAUUUGGUAAAAAUGUUCAUCAAAUUAUCACAUAAAUAGUAGAGGGAGUAUGUAAUACCUAUACGUAUACUUUAUUAUAUCAAUUUUAUGCAAACAUUAUUUGAACUUAGUGGGAAAAAUACGCAUAAUGGUAUUUUUAUGCUAAACAACGCCAUCUGUUUACUGACUUAAAGCAGUUUAAUUUGUCUUACGUUAUAAUGAAUGAAAGUAAGACAUCUGAGCAAAUAUUAUAUUUUAUUUUUAAAUAAGUGGAAAUGUAUAUAAUGUAUUAUGUUAUAGAAGUUGAUCAAAAUGAAACAUUUUCGUUGAACGAAGUAACAAAUAUUGCAUCAAAACUGAAAACGAGUGAGAGUUUAAAGUAAUAUAUUAAUCAUCACAGUAAAUUAUAUCUUAACUGUUAAUAUCACUACAAUAACAUCUGUGUAAGGAAUUAUUUAAUUAGUCAAAAUAAAUAUAAAUCG